AUGAAGGACUACCUUCAGGAGUAUGUCAACUAUCAUUUUGAGAAGGAUGACGACUGGACCUACGAAGAGGACAAAGAAUUCAGUGAUCUGGCCAAGACCGCCGAAGACACAUUUCUGGAUCUUUUUCGAGGAAAACUGAAUUUCACUUCACGCGAAGAUAUGAAGUCAUACAUCCAGGCGGCUUAUGAACAUGAUACCCAGGAUGCUUCACUCAUACUCGCGCAAUUCGAAGAGUGGUGCAAAGCACUCGUUGCCGGACACUCGUCCUACUUGGAGUCGGGGUUAAUAGAAGCAGACCGGGCAUUUGACCUGGCAAGACUUGUGGGACCUUUUCUGUCAGCCAGUGCAUCCUGGAGCGACAGACCUUCACUCUGGCCUAUUGUCCGUCAAGUCAGGUAA